ACUCAUCCGGAAGUUGAAGUUCUUUUUGGUUCCCUUCACCCACUGUCAAGGACACUGAUGGCGUCACAACAAGGUGUAGGAGGCUACAAUGUAGAGAUAUUUAUGGGGGAAAAUUUUGACAGAAAAUUUCUGUGUAACCACUGUAGUUUGAUUUUGAGAGACCCUGUACAAAGUUAUUGUGGUCACAGAUUCUGUCGAUCAUGUAUGGAAAGCAUCAUCAGGUCCCAUGAACAAGUGAGAUGUCAGUCCUGUAUUGAAGAAGGGACAAUGGAUGAAGAGUACAGUAUACUGAAAAUGGACCAGAUGUUCCCAGACAACGCAGUCAGAAGAGAAAUGGGAGCCAUGGCUGCUAAGUGCAUCAAUCCUAACUGUACAUGGAAAGGAAUCUUCAAGCAGUAUGAAGCUCAUGUGGCCGAGUGUAAAUUUAAGCAAGUUCCCUGUCAACUGUGUGGUAACUUGAUUGAACCACAGGCCCUCCAAGAUCACAUGACCAAGGAAUGUACAAAAAGAAAAAUCGCCUGCAAGCACUGUCAGUCAGAGGUCAUAGUUGAGAACCUGGAGGCACAUAAUGCAGAAUGUCCCAAAAUGCCCAUCAAAUGUGACUCUUGUGGCAAGAAAAAAAUACCCAGAGACAAGAUGCAGCAUCACAUAGACAAAGAGUGUUCUAAUCAGAAGGUCCCCUGCCUCACAGACUGUGGUGAUAUCAGCAGAGAUAAGUUUGUGGAGCAUCUGGAUAAACGUCCUGGAAUCCACUUAAAAGCUUUAGUGGAGGAGUUAAACUCUUUCCGUAAUGAUAUAAACUCAAGGCUUGAAGCAGUUGUUGUUCAAACUGACCUUGGACAGUUUAUUUCACACAUCACUGAACUCAAACAAAAAGUUCAGCAACAUGAGCAGCUGAUUCAAACUCUACAAGGUCAUCAAGCAGCCAAUGGCACACCAGCAAAUUCAAAUCCAAGUGUGAUACAGGCCAAAGUUCAGGCCUUGGAGCUGAAGACAGGUACCUUUGAAGGCAUUGUUACGACACUUCACAGGGAAAUUGAACGGUGUAUUACUGCAAUUGAGAAUGUUGAGAGGGGCAGGCAGGGUGAAAAGCAAGUAGUGGAUAGUCUAGAGAAAAAGAUACGUGCUCUGGAGAGGAGUAUCUCACUGAAGGAUGUAGCUCUUGCUGAACAGGAACUGCGAAUAAAGACGCUGGAAUUGACGACUUAUGAUGGAACGCUGUUCUGGAAGAUUUCUGAGUGGAGCAAGCGGCGAUCGGAGGCACAGAGCAACCACGUGACCAGUCUCUACUCCCCCAUCUUCUACUCCAGCAAGAAUGGCUACAAGAUGUGUGCCAGACUCUACCCCAAUGGAGACGGCAUGGGCAAAAACACGCACAUGUCAAUUUUCUUUGUUGUCAUGAGAGGUAACUUUGAUGCCUUACUUCAAUGGCCAUUCUCAUUCCGUGUGACAUUCAUGCUCCUCGAUCAGAACAAUAAAGAACACCAGGUGGACUCAUUUCGCCCCGACCCAAACAGUAGCUCUUUCAAACGCCCCACUACAGAGAUGAACAUUGCGAGUGGGUGCCCCCUCUUUAUUCCGCUUGCCAAACUUGACGAUCCAAGUCUUGCGUAUGUCAAGGAGGACACUAUGUUUAUCAAACUGGUGGUAGAUGUACCAAGGGGUUGAUAUCUAGUCCCAGCCUGCCAGACUAAUUGAUGUAUGACGCAGAUUGCUUAUAUAUGUAUAUGUUAGGUCCAAAACUUGUCCAAAAUUUAUUCUACCUUUAAUUUUACCUUAAAAUACAUAAUCGUACAAAGGGCUAUGCUAUACUACAUGUAUACUAUAGAGCAUUUAUUAUGCGAUCUCCAUGUGCCGAUUUUGCAAAAGAAGUAACAGCGCUGAUCCGACAACAAACUAUAAGAUUUAAAACAAAAUUUUUACAAAAGGGAUUUUUAUUCAUUAACAUUGAUUUUAUACUAGCAGAUACAGUGAAUAUUAAAAUUAAAUGCAGACUAGAAGUUUAAAUAUUUGUUUUGUCAGUUAUGAUAAAGAAAAUCCCUGUGAGUAUACCAUAUAUGAUCCAAAGAUUGUGUGCCCUAAAUAUUUUGUACCAAUAUUUCUACAGAUUGCAUUUGUAUUAAAAAUUGCAUUGGUGUUAAAAAAGGAUUAACUUUGGACAGCCUAAUUUAAUUUCUUUUUUUCACUUAUUAUAUUUUAAAACUAGGGUCAGUUUACAUUUUAAAAUGCCCAGUUGUUGUUACAUCCUUUCUAACUGUCAUGAUUAACAAGUUCUCAUUUUAUUGUCAAACAAUUACAAUAAGUUUUAGAGAUGUACAUAUGGGACUAUGAUAGAGUACAUUACAUAGUAAUGGGAAAAGCAGCAAACGUACAUGACUGUACAUGUACAUAAAUGCACAGUUAACUGUGAUGUUAAAUGAAAUUCAUUAUGAUCAGUUUACUAUGUACAGUACCGGUAUAUAUCAAUAUGUAUAUAGAUGUACAUGUAAAUAUUGUAAACAUAUUGUAAAUAAGUAUUUAGAUUGUGACAUUAUGCUUGUGUAUUUCUGUGUAAAUAUCAGCACAUACUUUAAGUUAGCUUUCGUUACAAGAGCUUAAGCUGAAAUACAAAAUGUUUGUAUUUGGGAUUUAAAAAGUGUCAUCAGUACAUGUAAUUAUUAACAUUUAUAUUGUCAGAACAUGUUUUGUACAUGUAUAUGAUUUUAUUAUGUAAUCUUAAAUGAAUACUUGGCUAAAUAUAUCAUUUACAUGCAGUACUAUAGGACAGUACUAAACAUUGUUAUAAUGAACGGCAAUCAGCAACUCAGUGACACAUGUACAAGUAAAACAGCUAGCUGAAGUGGUGAUGGUCAAAUAGCGUUCUAAAGGUGAUAGAAAAGCUGCUACUUCUAUUCAGUACACUGGUUUACAGUGAGGAUAGUUUACCUACUUUUACUCACUUUUAAUUGAUAAUUGAAAAGGGACUUAGAGAGGGUUAUAAUUAUUGAUAACAACGAUAAAUGCCUUUAUGGUGUUUCAUAGGAGCUAUGAAGGUACCUGGUAGUAUUGAUGAUCAAAAUUGGCAUUUUUCUGAUAUGCUUGCUACCUUCAUACUGUCGUGAACUACCAAAGAUGACAUUAUGUUGUUUUAAUACAUUUUAUUGAUUAAUUUAUAGAAAAGGCUGAACUAGCUGGCUCUCCCAAAUAUAUAUAUAUAGAUAAUUUGUUGGGUUACCAGGUAAGCGUUUUGAGUUAUAUACACCAAUUGUACAUGUAAUUGUUUUUUUUCCUGCAUUGCCCACAUCUGCUGUACCUUUAAGACCAGUAAAACGAGCAUUUUAUUGUUUGUACCUUUAAGACCAGUAAAACGAGCAUUUUAUUGUUUGUACCUUUAAGACCAGUAAAACGAGCAUUUUAUUGUUUGAUUAAAUGAAAGAUAUAUACAUGUAGUAAGAGGAUGUACCAAACUAAGUUGCAAACUUACUGAAUUGAAAAAAAAACUUGGCUCAAAAACUAAAUAAGAGAUAUAAAGCAACAAGGUAAUGCAUUUAUGAUAUAGACUUGUUUAUUGCCUUUUAUUUCAUUAUUAUUGAAAUAUUAUGUUAUAUUUUAUGAUGUAAUUGUAAUUUUAAUUUUUUUAAAUUAUAUAUUUCAUGAUCAUUAUACUAAAUCUCAACAUCCUCAUAUUCAGUAUUUUCCGUGUAUCCAAAGUUGUACAUAACUUUUUAGUGUGUACAUGCAGCCAAUUUUGUUUCCUUUAUUGCACUCUAUUAUUAUAAUUUAUGUUUGUACAUAAAUGUACUGUAGAUUCCUUAUAUUACUUGAGUACUUGAUUCUGUGGUUCUGCCAUUUUGUUUCAAAUUGCAAAAAUCAAUUAUAAAUCAUGAAUAAUAAAAAAAAAAUUAUCAUAAUGUCAUAUACUGCCCGGAAGUUUAAACCCGUGAGGUGUGCUUCUGGUGAUUUUACAUGGAUAUUAAUUUCUCGCAUUCAAUUAGGAAUCUACAGUAUGCAUGUACUUACUGCAGCCACUUUUUCAAAUGUAAAUAAUUGCUUUCUGUGGAAUGUUGUGUAAUAAAUAUAUAAAGAGAAAUCUGAAUAAAUAAACAAGUUGU